GAUGUAGAAAAUUUUCACUUCACUUCUCCUCUACUUUCUCUGUAAUUGAUAAAAUUGAAUCCUCAUUUAAUAAAUCAGAAUAAACAAAAGCUAGUCAAGUCCGUUAGUCGGUGGCUCUAUCCGAACCGAAUCUCCGGUCACAUUUCCUUCAGAAGUUAGUUCCCUUUCCGGCGAGGCGGCGACCACACCACCUUCAUCUAAGACUCAGGUCGAAGCUGAAUCUAUCUCCGGCCACACUUCCACCGGAAUGCCAGUUUUCCGUUGUCGGCGACUACUCUGCCGCGAAAGUAUCUGCACCUAACACUCAGCGUGAAAGCCGAAUCUCCGGCAACAUUUGCUCCGGAAUGUUAGUUUUCCGUUUCCGGCGACCACUCUGCGGUGGAAAAAACACCUUCAGCUAACACUCAAGUUGUACCGUUGAGCUUUCUACGCUCAUAUAUUUUGGUACAGUGAAGCUUCUAGUGGAGCUCCCAGUGAUUUUUCUGUUUCGGCUUCCUGCACUUUCUCCCGAUCUCGUUUUUCUGAGGAGUUGAGAUGAAUGGGUUUCAGAGUGGCAAGAGUCGCAAUCACGAUAAACCUUCUCCAGGAUGCUUGGGACGAAUGGUGAACCUUUUUGAUUUAAAUUCAGGGGUGCCAGGAAACAGACUGCUUACAGAUAAACCACAUCGUGAUGGUUCUCUGUUGAGGAGCCAAUCAGAUGUGGUGAGGUUGUCGCCUUCUGAGGAUCAAGUAGAAGAAAAAAUGAUUGUCUCAGAUUUGAAGAGGACUAGUUCAAACAGGAAAUCAAAUGGAACACCAAUAAAGUUGCUUAUAGCCCAAGAAAUGUCCAAGGAAAUAGACUCUAGUCAUAAUCCACCUAGUGUUGUUGCCAAGCUGAUGGGGCUUGAUGCUCUUCCGGCUCAGAAAUCUAUUCCAGCUAUAAGAAGUCAUUUUGGAGGUCAUUCACGGUGUCAUACAGAUUCCUCCUUCAGCUAUUGCCAGCACGAAAACGAAUCCUUGGUGGAAGAAAUGCAGCAAGAAUUUCAUCAAUAUCCUGAGCAGAAUGAAUAUAGAGAUGUUUAUGAAGUUUGGCAGCAUUCCCCAAAAAUGAACUGUGUGAGAAGUAAAUCCCCACAAAAGGCAAGACACAAUGAAACUAGUUUUGAGAAGAAGUCGGCUUUUGUUCGUCAGAAGUUUAUUGAAGCAAAAUGUUUAUCCAUAGAUGAACAACUUCGCCAGUCUAAGGAAUUCCAAGAUGCAAUAGAUGUCUUAAGUUCCAACACAGAUCUGUUCCUCAAGUUUUUGCAAGAACCGAAUCCAAAGCUCUCUCAGCAUUUAUAUAAUUUGCAGUCUAUACCUCCUCCUCCUGAGACAAAGCGAAUAACCGUUCUAAGACCAUCAAAGAUGGUUGAUGAUUGCAAAUUUGGUGGAUCAGUGAAGAAAAAUGAGGAGAUAAACAGAGCCACCCAUGUAGGUAAGGGAAACAGGGCCAAAAGCCAUAUGGCAUUUACCCCUCCUACAGCAAGUUGGAAUAUUGAUGAAAAUCAUGCUCAACCUACACGAAUAGUCGUGUUAAAACCAAGUAUCGGUAAGACUCACAACUUUAGGGCUGCAAACUCUUCACCGUCUGCAUCACCAAGAGUAUCACAAGCUGAAACAAGUUUUGUCAACAUGGAGGCUGAUGAAGCUCAAGAAUCAAGAGAAGUGGCAAAGGCUAUCACACAGCAGAUGCGAGUAAACAUAGGUCGACAUCAAAGGGAUGAAACAUUAGUUUCUUCUGUAUUUUCGAAUGGCUACAUUGGUGAUGAAAGUUCAUUUAAUAAGUCUGAAAAAGAGUGUGCAGCUGGAAAUCUUAGUGAUUCUGAAGUCAUGUCACCAGCUUCUAGACACUCAUGGGAAUACAUAAAUAGGUUUGGCAGUCCUUAUUCUUGCUCCUCCAUGAGCCGUGCUUCUUAUUCUCCUGAAUCUUCAGUUUCCAAAGAAGCCAAGAAGCGACUUUCUGAGAGAUGGGCGAUGGUGGCAUCUAACGGGAGUUGUCAAGAACGAAGACCAAUGAGGAGAAGCUCCAGCACUUUAGGCGAGAUGCUUGCUCUCUCUGAUAUUAAGACGGCAGGAAGAAUAGAGCAGGAAAGUAGCAAAGAAGAUCCCCAAAUUCCUAAUUCCAACUCAGUGGGUAAUUCCAAAGACGAUGAUAGUAUCAACAAGUCGCCAAGGAAUCUUUUGAGGUCCAAGUCUGUCCCUGUAUCUUCCACUGCAUUCAGUGCACAGUUGAAUGUGGGUGCCCCAGAUCAUGUGACUGGAGGAAAUGACCUUCCCAAGCAGACAACAAAGCCUAGAAGUACAAAAUCAUCACUGAAAGGGAAGGUCUCAAAUCUGUUUUUCUCUAGGAACAAAAAGCCAAACAAAGACGAAGCUAAGUGUUCGCAGUCCAAUGAUGAAUUGCAGACAGGUGCAAAACCUUUACAUUCUCUAUCAAAAGUUGACAAAUAUAGUAGUGAAUUCCAUGAUGAUCCCGGGGUUGAGUCUUCAGCAACCGAUCUUCGCGAAUCAUCAUUCACACUGACUUGCGAAGAUGUGGUUGGGAAGCAAGCCACAACCUCCCCUGAGGUUGCACUCUCUGAAGCAAGAUCUUUGCGCGCUGGACACCCAUGUGAAAACCAGGACCAACCGAGUCCUAUAUCAGUUUUGGAAACACCAUUUGAAGAGGAUGAACAUCCAGCACAUAUAUCAUCAGCCGGUAUCAAGCCGGACCGCCAUGCAGGUACCGAGUUGUCUCUUCACCCUAUAAGGUCCAAUUUGAUCGAUAAAUCUCCUCCAAUAGGAUCAAUUGCUCGUACAUUGUCAUGGGACGAUUCCUGUGCAGAUACAGCCAGUUCAGCAUGUGUAAGACCAUCAUCGUCUACUCAGUGGACGGAGGAAGUAGAACGUGAAUGGUUCUCUUUUGUUCAAACACUACUAACCAUGGCCGGCCUUGAUGAAGUGCAAUCUGAUGCUUUCUCGACCAUGUGGCAUUCUCCUGAAAGCCCUUUGGACCCAUCACUCAGAGAAAAAUACAUUGAUCUGAAUGAGAAGGAGACAUUACAUGAGGCUAAACGAAGGCAAAGGAGAUCAACCCAAAAGCUUGUGUUCGAUUGUGUAAAUGCAGUUUUAUUAGAUAUUGCAGGAUAUGGGCCAGACAACUGCCAAAGAGCCAGACCUUAUGUUGGGGUCCAUAAUAAUCAGCCGCAGGGAACUAGUUUGAUAUUGGUGGACCAAGUUUGGGACCGGAUGAAGGAAUGGUUUUCUAGUGAGGUGAAAUAUCUCUCUUGUGAUGCGGAGGACAUAAACAGCCUGGUGAUGGAAGGAAUGGUGACGAAGGAGGUGAUGGGGAAACGGUGGCUUGCAAGUUUUAGAUUAGAAUUAGACAAUUUAGGGAUGGAAAUUGAAGGAAAGUUGCUUGAAGAGCUUGUGCAUGAAUCUGUCAUUGAAUUGGCAGGUAGAUUGUGAUGAAUCCUGUCCACUUAAUUCUUCUUCUUUUAAGUUUUUUUUUCCUUGCCCAGUUAUAUAACAUUAUUGUUUGUGUAUUAUUGUAUUUGCCAACAACCUUGCCCACCGGUAAUUGUUUAAUGUUGUGAAGUGUCUGCAAAUCUGUACUAACUUUUAUAUCUGGAAUUGUUUUGUACAUUUAUGCUUUGACCCAAUUAUAUAAAUAGAAUGCUGCGGGUCCUAUUGGUUAACCAUA